GCACUGAAACAAAAAAUUAAUAAAGCCUUACAUGUAAAAAAAAAACUUAAUAUUUUUCUGUAUUUUUUUCAUCCUCAAUCUUCUACAUCCUGUGCUUCCAUUCCAUCCCAUGGCUAAGCCGAAGGCUCCAAGACGAACCCUAGAGUCAUACUCAGUCAAACACAUAAACAAAACCAUUAGAGCUGGUGAUUGCGUGCUCAUGCGACCGUCGGAUCCGGCAAAACCCUCGUAUGUGGCCAGGAUUGAAAGGAUCGAGGCGGAUGCGCGUGGCGCAAAUGUGAAAAUUCAUGUUCGCUGGUACUACAGGCCAGAGGAGUCAAUUGGGGGUCGCCGCCAGUUUCACGGCUCAAAGGAGGUUUUUCUCUCUGAUCACUUUGAUGUUCAGAGCACCGACACAAUCGAAGGCAAGUGUACGGUCCACAGCUUCAAGAGCUACACAAAACUGGAUGCCGUUGGUAACGAUGAUUUCUUCUGUCGGUUUGAGUACAAUUCCUCCACAGGUGCCUUCAAUCCUGACAGAGUUGCAGUGUAUUGUAAAUGCGAGAUGCCUUACAAUCCUGAUGACCUAAUGGUCCAAUGUGAGGGCUGCAGUGACUGGUUCCAUCCUGCUUGCAUAGACAUGACUGUUGAAGAAGCCAAAAGACUUGACCACUUCUUUUGUGAAAGCUGCUCUGCCGAAGGUCAAAAAAAGUUGCAGAACUCUCAUUCCGCUUCUAGACUCUCGGAUACAAAGGACUUCCUUUAGUAUGUCUUUAAUGCCUAAGGACGGUGCCACCAUUUUAUUUGUGGUGGACACUAAACGCCGUCGUAGGUAAUAGUGUGAUAGUAUAUAAAGCAUGAUAAAAUGAGUUAGAUAUGUAAUGAAUGUACUGGAGAACUUGCUUUUCUAAUCCUGGGUAGGGGCCGGACAAAGACGGAGACAAAGUUAUGUUGUUCUAUGUUGUAGUCGUUCACUUUCACAUGGAAAGAGACUAGUUUGGAAACUUGUCAUGUGUAUUUGGUUGGAGGACAAAUGCAGUUUCCUUUGAAGUGGAGGACGUGUUUAUGUAAUUAUAUAGUGUAGAUUCUGUCUCUUCUUUCUGGUCCUUGUUCUGAGUCGGAUGAACUUUUGUAAAGUAUUUUACUUAUUUAUGAGAGCAGUAGACACUCAAUUCUUUCUUUGUA